AUGUGGGAACGUACACUUCAAGACCUGAUUCGCGGCCUGCGGGCUAACAAGAAAGAUGAAGCAAAAUUCAUUGCUCAGGCAGUCGAUGAGAUAAGGCAAGAGAUCAAGAGCAAGGAUAUGGAGCUCAAAGCCGCUGCGGUGUUGAAGCUAACAUACCUCGAGAUGUUAGGGUAUGACAUGAGUUGGGCAGCCUUUCAUAUAGUGGAGGUUAUGUCCUCUCCCAAAACCCAUCUUAAAACUGUGGGCUAUCUUGCAGCUGCCCAGUCCUUCGGACCAGACACGGACGUACUGAUGCUGGCUACGAACCUGGAUUUGGGUUCAUCGCCAGCAGACGUCGCAGUAACCCUCAAUGGACUUGCAUCCAUUAUGACCGCUGAGCUCGCCAGGGAUAUGUCAUCAGAUCUGAUUGCCAUGCUGAAUCAUUCACGACCUCACAUACGAAAGAGAGCAAUCCUCUUGAUGUACAAGGUCCUCGUGAAACAUCCGGAGGUCAAAGACAAGGCUAUGUCGAGAUUGAGGGAGAAACUUGAGGACACGGAUGCAGGAGUUGUGGCAGCGACAGUAAAUGUGAUGUGUGAGCUUGCACGAAGGAAUCCGCACGACUACCUCCCCUUAGCACCUCACUUCUUCCGUCUGCUGACGACUUCGUCCAAUAAUUGGAUGCUGAUCAAGCUCGUCAAAAUCUUUGGGUCCUUGUCACCUUUCGAGCCUCGUCUCGUCAAGAAACUUCAACCUCCCAUUACCGAGCUCAUCUCGACAACACCCGCGAUAUCACUCCUUUACGAAUGUGUACAUACCUGUAUCAUCGGAGGUAUGUUGCAGGGCCCAUCGGGGAACUCACUGGCACGACUAUGUGUAUCCAAACUUGCUACAUUUUUGCAAGAUUCGGACCAGAAUUUGAAAUAUAUCGCUCUAUUGGCUCUGACGAAAAUAGUCCCGACUCAUCCGUAUCUGGUUGCAGAGUAUCAAGACAUGAUCCUUGCUAGUGUUGCUGACCAGGAUAUCAGCAUUCGCAUGCGUGCGCUGGAUCUUGUCUCCGCCAUGGUCAAUCGUGACAAUCUGCAGUCUAUUGUCCAGCAGUUGCUAUCUCAUCUAGUUAGACCAGAUCCCGCGGCUUCCAGUACUGCCUCAGAAAGUCUGGCGCAAGUUUCCGCUCCAGGGGCAUCCACGAGCGCCGUUAGGCCAUUGCAAUCUCCCUACUAUCGCUUGGCGCUCGCUCAACGCAUUAUCUCUAUCUGCUCGGCUUCAACAUACGAACACGUCACGGACUUCGAGUGGUAUCUAUCCGUCCUCAUCGACCUAGCAUACGUCGCCUCCGUGAACAUCGGUGCAGAAAUCCGGGACCAAUUGAUUGACGUAGUCGCCCGCGUAAAGGGCGCAAGGCGAUAUGCUGUGAGGCUCAUGGCCAAGGUUUUGGCCGACAGCACAUUCCUGAUUAACGCCGGAGAAGACUGUAGUUGCUCCGAGAUUCUUUGGGCAGCUGCUUGGGUCGCCGGGGAGUAUUGCAGUGAGAUACCGCAGCCAGGCCAGCUGCUGCAGUAUCUCGUGCAGCCGGGCAUAUCCUCUUUGACGAGUGAGAUUAUUGCGGUGUAUUUGCACACAGCUGCCAAGGUCUUCGGUUACUGGGCGUCGGAGCUUGCUCAAGGAUGGGACGAUUCAUAUCUACCGGAGCUGAGGGAUAACGUUGACAUGAUCGUUAGCCGCUCGAAAGAGUAUGCCUCGAGUCAUGAUAUCGAGGUACAAGAAAGAGCAGCUAAUGUCUUGGGUCUGUUCACAUUCAUAAAAGCUGACUUGGCAACACACCGACCUUUAAAGGAGGAUGAUGCCGAAUAUAAUGUAGACAGCAGUCCCGCCUUUGCCGACGUUCCGACCUCCGAGCCUCGUUAUCCGAAGAGUUUAUGGCUUCUUCGGCCACUAUUUGGCGGAUACGAGUUGAACCCUGUCGCUGCGUAUGCGCAAGGCAGAGUCGAGCGGCCCAGCGGAUUAGACCUUGACGUGUGGAUAGUGGCUCCCCCCAAGGAUCCGGUCUCAGAAGGGGUUAUGUCGGAUGGGCAAAUUCCCGACAAGGUUAAAGUAAAGAAGGGCAAGAAGGGAAAGGCGAAGGGAAAGGGAAAGAGUGUGGAGCUUAAUGCGGCGUCGAAUGGAGUAGAGGCGGAAGAGACGCUAAGCUCUCAGUCCAUGGAAUCUCCAGAAGAAGCCGUGGAGCGUGCAAAAGUGAGAGUAUUCCGUACUUCGAUCUUCGUAUCGUGUACUUACCUCUGA